CUCACUUCCCUCUUCACAUCCUCUCUAUAUAUGCAUUUUUUUUUCUUCCUCUUAAUUUUAUUAUUAUUAUUAUUGGAAAAAAAUGAGUAGUGUACUUUGUGAAGAGCAACAAAAGCUUCUUCUCAAUCUCAAAAAAUCUCUCACUAUGAGAGACAACAUUAUCGACAACAUCCCACCAAGAAAGCUCCUCACCCGCCGACAAUCCACCAACACCUCCGCCGACAUGUUUUCCGAGGAAGAUCCUUAUUCCUCCGACCACUUCCGCAUGUACGAGUUCAAAAUCCGGCGAUGCACACGUAGCCGCAGCCACGACUGGACUGACUGUCCCUUCGCUCACCCUGGCGAAAAGGCUCGCCGCCGUGACCCUCUCCGGUUUCAAUACUCCGGUGAAGUUUGCCCUGAUUACCGCCGCGGAAACUGCGAACGCGGCGACGCGUGUGAAUUCUCGCACGGCGUUUUUGAAUGCUGGUUGCACCCUUCGAGAUACAGAACUGAAGCUUGUAAAGAUGGUAAGAAUUGUAAGCGGAAAAUUUGCUUUUUUGCUCAUACACCCCGUCAACUCAGGGUUUUGCUUUUGCCACCCCCUCCUUCUCCACCUCCUCAGAACAACGUUAAAAACUGUUGUUCUUUUUGUCAUUGCUGUUCUAAUUCUUCUUCUUCGUCACCCACUUCUACUUUGUUGAGUGGACCUUAUUUUUCUUCUUCGAAUUCACCACCUUUGUCACCUUUGUCCAAUUCAAAUUCCAAAGAUGUGCAUGUUCUUAACGAGCUUAUUCGAUCUAUGGAAAGUUUCAAUUUUGGUGGUGAUGAUUCUCCUGUUUCUGCUUUGGGCGGUGGAAAAUAUUAUAAUUCAAGUGGUAGUAGCAAGUUUUUGAGGGAAGAACAAAGGAUUAACGUUGUUGAGGAUGAUGUCAGUGCCAACCCAGAUUUUGGGUGGGUGAAUGAGUUGCUCAUGUAGAUGUUGAUGAUGUCAGUGCUGUUGUGGAUAUGAUGAUGGUGAUGAGAUGAUGAUGAAUGGGUGGUGAUUUGAUUAAGAAAAUUAAGUGUAGAUAUAGUAAUGUGAUCAUGUGAGUUAUAUGAUCCUUAAUUGGUUUGCUAUGUCUCUAUUUUUAAUUGUAAUUCAAUUCGAUCUUGUAAUUUUUCAGUUUAUUACUUUCUGAAUUUGUACGUUUGUGAAAAUUAUAUAUUGUGUAAUUUGUAUUUCCAUUAAUAAAAUAGAUUUUAUGCCUA